CCGAGCAUCGCGAUCUUGUACUCUGCCCUUGCACCUGACCCGUACCUUACUACUCCUUGGCGUCGGCCAUGGAAAGCUCGUGCGUGAACCUCUCCGGCCGCGCUGUCGUCGCUGCCAAGCGCACACCGAGUUUCGGCGUCAGCAUCAAGAGAGGCCGUGCUCAUGGUGGGAGAGGCGUGCUUCUUCCGUUGUCGUUGAGGAAGCACAGCAACGGUAGUGUGGCGUGCAGUUCCGGUGGUGGGUCAAGGCCGUCGACCUUCCCGGUGCACGGCGGGGAUUCGGGAGCCCGUCCGGCGUCGGCGGCGGAUAAAGUUGGUGGCGGGAUUGGGAUCGCAGAAUUCCUGGGGGGCAAGAACUUUCUCAUCACCGGCGGAACUGGAUUCCUGGCGAAAGUUCUUAUCGAGAAGAUUUUGAGGACAAAUCCUGAUGUCGGUAAGAUAUAUGUAAUGAUCAAGGCCAAGGACAGUGAAGCAGCGUUGAAGAGGCUGCAAAAUGAGGUAGUAGACACAGAGUUGUUCAGGUGCUUGCGGAAAAUCCACGGGAAAGACUACCACAACUUUGUAGCAAGAAAGCUGGUUCCUGUCAAUGGCGAUGUCAGGGAGGCCAACCUCGGCAUUACCACCGAGCUCGCCGACGAGAUCGCUGAGGAAGUGGAUAUCAUCGUGAACUCGGCCGGGAAUACGAAUUUCCGCGAGAGGUACGAUGUUGCAAUGGACAUCAACACCCUGGGGCCGUUCCGGAUCAUGAGUUUCGCGCAGCGGUUCCGAAGGCUCAAGCUGUUCCUGCAUGUGUCAACAGCGUAUGUGAAUGGGCAGAGGCAAGGCGUGGUGCUGGAGAAGCCGUUUCGCUUGGGAGACACCAUAGCAAAAGAAUUAGGAUCCUCACACUCUUCAGAACAUAAGAACGGCGCCGUGUUGGAUAUUGAGGCAGAGAUCAAACUGGCCUUUGGCGCCAGAAGACACUCUGAUGAUUCUGCUUCUUUUUCUCAAGAAAUGAAAGAUCUAGGCCUGGAGAGGGCAAAACUCCAUGGCUGGCAAGAUACUUAUGUGUUCACCAAGGCUAUGGGGGAGAUGGUCAUCAACUGCAUGCGAGGAGAGAUACCGGUGGUCACAAUCAGGCCGAGCGUCAUCGAGAGCACCGUGAUGGACCCCUUCCCAGGUUGGAUACAAGGCAACAGGAUGGUGGAUCCCGUUAUCAUCAACUACGGCAAAGGCCUGAUGACUAGCUUCCUUGGCGACCCUGACUGCAUUUUUGAUGUGAUUCCGGUGGACAUGGUGGUGAACGCGACGCUGGCGUCUAUGGCGAAGCACGGCAGGGCGCGGGGGCCGGCGGCAGGGAUGCAUGUGUACCAGGUGUCGUCGUCGGCGAACCCGCUACCGUUCCGCGACCUGUUCCGGUUCUUCUUCCAGCACUUCACGCGGUGGCCGUUGAUCGACGCGGCGGGGCAGCCCAUCCUGGUGCAGCCGAUGCGGUUUUGCGACAGCAUGGAGCAGUACGUAAGCCACGUGGAGACGAACACGCUGCUGCGGAGCGUCAGGCGGGCGGCGUCCUCCGAGCGCCUCCGGCUGCGGGCGCGCGACCUCCGCGCCAAGGCGGUCGAGCAGAUCAUCCACCUCGGCCGCAUCUACGAGCCCUACACCUUCUACGGCGGCAGGUUCGACAGCGUCAACACGGAGGCGCUCCUCGCGGAGAUGUCGGCGGAGGAGAGGGCGACGUUCCACUUGGACGUGCAGAGCAUGGACUGGAUGGACUACUUCACCGACGUGCACAUCCCGGGGCUCAAGAAACACGUCAUGAAGGGCACGAGGGUCGCCGUGAAACCGCUGCUCCCCGACGCCUCCCUGUGUGGAACCAAACAAGCCGGGCCGGCCCUAACGUCCGGUGGACCUGUGGCAGUCGAUAAAUGAGAAAUCAUCGAUUUAAACAUAUACAAUAUCCUCCGAUUGCAAUUUUUUUAAGAAUGGGUGGCAUGAGAUCUCUCAAAUUU